AUGGCCAACGACUAUGAUUUAGAUGCUACGGAGCUACUGGAAACUUACGACUUUCUCAUGAAGUAUAUUAUCAUUGGCGAAGCGGGAACUGGCAAAUCUUGCUUACUACAUCAAUUCACGCACAAUUCUUUCAAGGAACACUCUCAACAUACCAUCGGAGUAGAAUUUUCAAGUAGAACCGUCAAAUUGGGUGAGAAGAGGAUAAAACUGCAGCUAUGGGACACGGCAGGCCAAGAACGCUUCAGGUCUGUAACCCGAAGCUACUACCGCGGUGCUGCUGGUGCCAUCCUGGUUUACGACAUCACGAGUCGCGCAUCUUUUUUGAACUUAUCUCGAUGGCUUGCGGAUGCAAGAGCCCUCGGGAGUCCUCAUUUAGUUUGCGUGCUGGUCGGCAACAAGGCCGAUCGGGAAGAGGACAGGGAAGUGGAGUGGGCGGAGGCCAGCCGGUGGGCUGCUGAGAAUGACGUACACUUCCUGGAGGCAUCGUCACUCACGGGGGACAACGUUGAAGCACCAUUCCUACUGUGCGCUCGGUCGAUAUUGCUCGCCAUCGAAUCCGGUGCGCUGGAUCCUGAGAAAGCCGGAAGCGGUGUUAGCUAUGGCGACCGUGCUCUCCGACGUGUCAAUAGCUCGAGCCGGCUUAGCUUUGGGAGCCUGAGCGGUAGCCGUAGGAAAGGCACUGUGAAGCUACGGUUACCCGGUGGGAAUAAGUGUUGCUGA